CUGAUAGCACCCCAUAUGAGGAAGACAGUGACUCUAAAAAGGCCCAACCAUGAGAUUUGAGAAGUGGGUUUCAGCUCUUUUGUUGCUCCAGCUCUGUUGCUUUAGCUGUGGGUCCUGUGGGAAGGUCCUGGUAUGGCCUAUGGAGUAUAGUCAUUGGAUAAAUAUGAAGACCAUCCUAGAUGAGCUGGCACAGAGGGACCAUGAGAUUACUGUACUGACAUCUACAGGUUCCAUUCUUAUUGAUCCGACCAAUGUAUCUCUUCUCAACUUUGAGAUUUAUCCUGGGCCAUUCACGAAAGAAGAUUUUCUUACUAUUUCUGCUAAAAUGAUAGAGGAAUAUAUUUAUGAGCUGCCAAGCCUUUCACCUUGGGAGUAUGCUACAAAGAUGCAAGCUAUCUUUUUUGAAUAUUCAAAGGCUACCAAACAGCUUUGUGAGAGUGUUGUUUUGAACAAGAAGCUUAUGAAGACAUUGAAGAAAGCCAAAUACGAUGUUGUUGUUUCAGAUGCUUUUGCUCCUUGUGGUGAGCUCAUAGCUCAGGUCCUUGGAAUACCUAUUGUCUAUACUCUGCGGUUCACUACGGGCAAUACUUAUGAAAAAUACUGUGGAGGACUCCCUUCCCCACCUUCCUAUGUGCCUGUGGUCUUCACAGAAUUGACUGACAAGAUGACAUUCAUGGAGAGGGUGAAAAAUAUACUUUACUUCCUUUAUUUUGACUUUUGGUUUCAGAAUUUUGAUGUGAAGGAUUGGAAUCAGUUUUACAGUGAUGUGUUAGGUAAGCCUGGGGUUCCUUAACGCUUUACCUGUCAGGAGUAUAGAGUCACUCCACAAUUUUU